GAGUGGGGGAGUCGCCAUCGUCGUGGCCGCGAUACCGUGUGGAGUCAUCGGGUCGUGAUGAGAGGAGUGUACUGUACCACAGCUGUAGCUCCAGGACUGUGUCAGUAAAAUUGCAGAGUUGCAGUCUUCUUCCUACAGCAUCUCCAAAAUUCGCCAAUCCGGAACGCACCAUUUGCGUUUCCCACCGCACCGCCCGAGUCAAAGCGCUAUUCUGGGCAUUACAUCGGGUGUGGAUACUUCUUCCUCCUGGGCUGGCUGGCGUGCGGUGCUUUAAUGCCACGGCAAAGACGCACGACAGAACGGGGGUGGAAAGAGCACUCCAAGAGCUACAACUCCAGCCUGCGCUGGACCUGCCAAAGUCACCGGGCACAGAGGGUCUCGUCAGGGUAACAUGGGCCUGCUGUGGGAUGUCAUGAUUUUACACUUCGUUCUGCUGAAAUUAUCCCGAGGAUCAACUUAAAGAAAAGCCAGUAGAUGGUGCUUGAGAGAGCAGACACUUCUAUUGCUGGCUUUCCUAAAAUAUGUUAAGCCCUACGAAUGACAUCACACUCUGUAGACAGUUAUAGUUGUCCUUAAGCUGUGAAAAGCCAGGAAAUAAUUUCUGAAGUCUCUCCCAAUGGCCAUUCUUUAGUUAGCAUCUUUAAUCUAGAAGUCAAAUGGCUGUUAUCUUUAAAAAUAAAAUAAAUUAGCCCCUGCUUGCUCAGCAGUGUUCAAUCUCAACAACUGGAAGUCCUUUUUGAAAGCAGUCAAAUGCAGCUACACUUAAAUCAGAUUUAUGGCAGUAAUGUUAUCAUCAGCACCGUGACUCACGGAGAAAUAUAUUUGAUAAUCUUGACAUAGAUCUCCAUGCAGAGAAGAGCUAAAUAUGCAGAGUACCCAGUGUUUCAUCUUUACCAUCAUGCAAAAUAACCAUUGCCAUGCUUUCCAAAUGAGGACUCCAUGCAACUGCUUCCUGAAAAUGGAGGUCCCUCACAUACUGGUUCUUACGUCUUACACUAAAUUCUGUCAGGAGCCUGAUUGCUAGUGAAUCAGUUCCAUGUAGGUAGGACACAUUCAUUGCUGUAACAAUUGCACUACUGAUUGUUUUCAUAACAGUGCCCUAAGAUCAGCACUAAAACUGAUCAUCACAUUUAUCUGCCACACUUUGAUAACUGAAUACCUCAUGACCACAUCCUGGUGAGUAGAUCUUCAUUUUCUAGUAUGAAUAGUAUCAGUGAACAUUUAACUCUGGCACUCAACAUGUUUUUCCUUAUUUGUAUCUGAAGUUCAUUAGAAGUUUUUCUCAUUUAACUUGCAAGCUCCCCUGGCUGUUUCUUCUCCUAUGGCUCUGUUCAGGGCAUGCUUUGCUCUACAUGCAGGUCAGGGCCUCUCUGCCAAACAUCUUAAUUAGGAGUACAGCACACUUGUGCUUGAAACAGGAGUUUCUCAUUAUUAGGACUAAGUCUACAUACAGCAGACUUCUAAUUAUGUUAUAAAUAACACAGCUAUGCAUUCAUUCACACUCCUAGAAGCAUAAUGGGACAGGACAGUUCAUUGUAAGGGACACAUACUAGUCUGUCAUUGAACAGUAAGGUGUUCAAUGGGGAAAAAUGUUUUGAAGACUGAAUCUGCUCUCUGACUCGAAAAGAGAAAGAACAAAACAAACAGUCUCUAAAACCCAGCAGCAUGCCAGCAAGCAGCUUCCCUCCCGUCCCGCACAGGCUCCCUCCCCGACAAUGCGGACGCCAUCCGCCUGCCUGGACCAUCCCCUAGAUGCUCGGAAAGGGGUGGGAUGCAGACAGCACGCCCCAAGGCCCAGGGAGUCUCCACCCCCUCGAGUGGCGCUACGAGGAGGACAGAGAGAUCAGAGCAGAGACACAGGAAACACAAACAGAGACUGGUCUGGAAAGAAAAUCAUCAAGAGAAUACAGAAGAGAAAAAGCAAAAAGAUAAUUUGAGAUUUGGUGCUGACGUGGAAAACACUCAGAAUGGAAGGCAAACUCCCAUGUCUUCUUGUGCUGGUGGGAGCAAUUAUGACUGCCCAGUGCCAGGGCUUACACGUGCGUUUCAAACGUGGAGCCAGAUCUAGAGCCAUUUGCACAGAUAAUUCAUCUGCAGAAAUUUACCAACCCAGGGGGACCUGGCUGAGGCUUUCAGGGAGCAGAAUAGAAUACUGUAGGUGCGACAGUGGUCAGAGUCGCUGCCACACUGUGCCUGUCAGAGCCUGCACUAGAAAUAAAUGCUACAAUGGGGGCCAAUGUUCACAGGCAUAUUACUCCCCACAGCUCUUCAUCUGCCAGUGCCACCAAGGUUUCUCGGGGAAGCAGUGUGAAAUAGACACUGAAGUUAAAUGCUACAAAGGCACUGGAGUAACAUAUAGGGGUACCUGGAACAUGACGGAGAGUGGAACUGAAUGUUUAAAUUGGAAUAGCAAUGGCUUGGUGGACUGGAUGUACAGCGGCCAAAGAGCGGAUGCUGCUGAGCUGGGAUUGGGCAAUCACAACUAUUGCAGAAACCCAGAUGAGGAUUCCAGACCUUGGUGCUAUAUCUACAAAGGGGGAAGUUAUGCCUGGGAGCACUGCAGUGUGCCCUCCUGUUCAAAAGUUAGGAACACCAACUGCAGAUCUGGACGAGGCACAGAUUACCGUGGCAGCCACAGUGUUACCAGUUCUGGAGCUACCUGUUUGAAGUGGAAUUCUCAAAUCCUUGUCAACAAGCUAUAUACUGCUUGGAGAAGAGAUGCUUACCGGCUGGGUCUUGGUAGUCACAAUUUCUGCAGGAAUCCUGAUAAUGACAGCAAGCCCUGGUGCCAUGUCCUGAAAGGAAAUCGGCUCACAUGGGAGUAUUGCAAUGUGCCUACUUGCUCCACCUGUGGCUUACGGCAGCACAGAGUACGCCAGUACAGGAUUAAAGGUGGUUCCUACACAGACAUUGCAGCUCACCCGUGGCAAGCUGCCAUCUUUGUGAAGUAUCACCGCGUGCCUGGAGAGCACUUCCUCUGUGGAGGAAUUCUGAUCAGUUCCUGCUGGGUUUUGUCAGCUGCUCACUGUUUUGAGGAAGGCUUUAGUACAAAUCAGCUGAAGAUUGUGCUGGGUAGGACAUCCCGAGCAACUCCCGAGGAAAAUGAACAGAAGUUUCAAGUGAAGAAGUACACUGUGCAUCAGAGAUUUGACUCAGAAAAUUUCAACAAUGAUAUUGCUCUGUUGCAGUUGAAUUCAGAUGCAGAAGACUGUGCUGUUGAAACAAGCACUGUCCGCGCUGCCUGCCUCCCCAUGCCAGAGCUGCAGCUGCCUGACUGGACUGAAUGUGAGAUCUCUGGUUAUGGAAAAAAUGAAGAAUUUUCUCCAUUCUAUUCAGAGCACCUGAAGGAAGGCCAUGUCAGAUUGUUCCCAGCCAGUCGGUGCACAGCACAGUAUCUAGACAACCGGACAGUUACAGACAAUAUGUUAUGUGCAGGAGAUACAAGAAACCUUGAUGAUGCCUGCAAGGGCGAUUCUGGAGGACCUCUGGUCUGUAUGAAGGAUGAUCGUAUGUAUCUGAUUGGAAUCAUCAGCUGGGGAAUAGGCUGUGGCCGCAAAGACAUACCUGGUGUUUAUACAAAUGUGAAUCGUUAUCUUGACUGGAUUCAGGACACCAUGAAACUCUGAGAAAGAAAAAUGAACCAUUUGCAAUCCUGUGACCAUGCCCUCACAGCUUCCUUCUGGGUGCUUUAAGCAGGCUGGCAGGGCUUCCUGUUUGACCAGAUGCUUAUAAUUUCUAGCACAACAAGGAAGCAAACUGCAAUGUAUGGGAAGCGCAUGUUCUCAAAAUACUCUCCUUUCCUUAUUACAGGUUAUUAGAAGCUAAUCAAACUUUUCCCAAACAUCACCAAACUUUCACCUUGCAUCAAAUCACAUAAGUGCAAUAAAAAAAAUAAUUCUGGCUGAGUGAAUAAACCAAGAGACAACAUCUGGGCACCAUGCAUCCCUUUAGCAGCUGCACUGUUUUAGGAAUGGGUGUGAACUGAAGGGGAAAUUUAAUUUCCUGAAAACUUCACCUCCCUCCUUACUUUGCUGUACAAUUGGAAUACCUUAAGCUCUGUCCUUAUACCAUGUCACUUUGGUAAUUUAAGCUGGUUUCAAUAGAAAGAACAAAAGCUGUAGACAUGGGCUACUUAUUUCCAGAUUAAUAUACUACUCGCUUCUGCAGUUUGGAACCAAUUAAUUAACCAAGUUUAAGCUCAAACUCUCAGAGCAAAUUCAGGAUGGCAUGCUUAUUAUGACAUUUUAUUCUUUCAUUUGGUUUUGUUCCUGGUAAUAGAAUGGGUAAAAAUUUGAACAGCAGCCUGAUCUGCCACAGAAUCAAUGCAUAUUUUUGAUUAUUAAAUUUCUAUGCAUUAUCAUCGGA